UGCUCCAUGCCUUCUUACGUGAGAGAGAUAGAAGCAACGGUCCGGUCCCCCUAACAACAGAUUAGUUGACUCACGCCAUCGCCAUCUCUUUCUGGUUCGGCCAUGGCGGACUCACUGUGACUGUGAGUGAAAGAAAGAAACAGAGUGGAGGGAGAAACUGAAGAGGGAAGAUGAAAGUGGAUGUGGGUUUUCUUCUUCUCCGGCUUUUGCUGGUAUUAAUGGCGUCUUCACGACGUUGCAUGGGCGACAGCAACAGCGAAGUCUCUCUGCAGCUCAACGAUGAUGUGUUGGGCCUCAUCGUCUUCAAAACAGACCUUCAUGACCCAUCUUCGCUCUUGGGGUCAUGGAAUGAAGAUGAUAAUACUCCGUGUUCUUGGAAAUACGUACGAUGCGACCCCAGCUCCGGCCGUGUCACCGAGCUUUCGCUUGAUGGCUUGGGGCUGUCGGGGAAGAUCGGAAGAGGUCUCGAGAAAUUGCAGAACCUUCAGGUACUGUCUCUUUCGCACAACAACUUCACCGGUGAUAUCAGUCCGGAGUUGUCUCUCAUUGGCUCUCUCACUACGCUGAAUCUCAGCCACAAUAGCCUUUCUGGGCGGAUUCCGGUCGAGUUGGGUAACAUGAGUGCGCUUAGGUUUCUCGACCUUUCAGAGAAUUCGCUCUCUGGUCCUCUCCCGGAUGGUCUGUUCCAAAAUUGCUUUUCGCUUCAUUUCUUUUCUUCAGCGUGGAAUAUCCUGGAAGGCCCAGUUCCUGCUACUCUGUCGAGAUGCACCUCUUUGGUGGGUCUCAAUCUAUCAAACAAUCAUUUUUCUGGGAACCCGGAUUUCGUUAAUGGAGUUUGGUCCCUCAAAAACCUUAGGAGCCUGGAUAUCUCGCGCAAUGCCUUCUCUGGGUCUGUUCCAGAUGGGAUAUCUGCUCUUGAUAACUUGAAAAAUCUUCAGUUCCAGGGGAAUCACUUCUCGGGUCCGAUACCAGCCGACCUGGGACUAUGUCAACACUUGACUCACUUGGAUCUCAGCAACAAUCUGUUCACCGGAGCCCUGCCGGAGUCGCUGCAGAGGCUAAGUUUACUAAGGUUUCUCAGUUUAUCGGAUAACCUUUUUAGCGGGGAUUUCCCUUGGUGGAUUAGUAACAUGAGCAGUCUGGAAUACUUGGACUUUUCUGGCAAUUCCUUCACCGGGAACCUCCCAGCGACAAUGGACCAACUGAAAUUGCUGAGUUAUUUGAGUUUGUCUGGUAACAGACUGACCGGAGGUGUUCCAGCUACGUUAGCUUACUGCUACAGGCUCUCUGCAAUCCGGUUGAGGGGCAACGGCUUCAAUGGGAGCAUACCACAGGGUCUGUUCGAUCUCGGUUUGGAGGAAAUAGACCUCUCGAGAAAUGAAUUCAGUGGUUCAAUCCCAGCUGGUUCAAGCAGACUAUUUGAAUCUCUUCGCGCAUUGGAUCUGUCCGCAAACAAGCUCACCGGAGACAUUCCUGCUGAGAUGGGUCUGUUUUCCAACCUGAGAUAUCUCAACUUGUCAUGGAACAGCCUCCGGUCGAGAUUGCCGCCAGAGCUCGGCUACUUCCAGAAUCUUUCAGUAUUAGAUCUAAGAAAUAGCGCCUUAUAUGGGUCGAUACCGGAGGAUUUGUGCGACUCUACCAGUCUGGCAAUCCUGCAAUUAGAUGGGAAUUCCUUAACAGGACCAAUACCAGAUGAGAUUGGAAACUGUUCAUCCCUCUACUUGCUGAGCUUGUCGAAUAACCAGUUAAAUGGGUCAAUUCCGAAAGCAAUGUCGAGGUUAAAGAAGCUCAAGAUUCUCAAGUUGGAGUUCAAUGAGCUAAGUGGGGAGAUACCACAGGAGCUGGGUAAACUUGACAAUCUUCUUGCAGUGAACAUUUCUUAUAACAAGCUGGUAGGCAGGCUUCCAGUGGGAGGGAUAUUUCAGAACCUAGACCAGAGCGCAUUGCAGGGGAAUUUGGGGAUAUGUUCACCCUUGUUGAGGGGACCCUGCAAGAUGAAUGUCCCAAAGCCAUUAGUCCUUGAUCCAAAUGCUUAUAACAAUCAAAUGGGUGGACCUAAUGUGGUGCCAGAAUCCACUGGUUCUGCUAAACUCCGUCACCGCAGAUUCCUGAGUGUUUCUGCCAUUGUUGCCAUCUCUGCUGCUUUGGUGAUUGUUUGUGGAGUUGUAAUAGUGAGCUUACUGAACGUUUCUGCCCGGAGGAGGCUGGCAUUUGUUGAUAAUGCCUUGGAAAGCAUGUGCUCAAGCUCCCAGAGAUCAGGGAGUCUUGCCACAGGGAAGCUCAUUCUGUUUGACUCAAGGUCUUCAGACGAUUGGGCCCAAAAUGCAGAGACCCUACUCAACAAGGCCUCUGAGAUUGGAAAAGGUGUAUUUGGAACAGUGUACAAGGCUUCCCUGGGUGAAGGACGGAUAGUUGCCAUUAAGAAGCUUGUAACAUCUAACAUAAUUCAAUAUCCAGAGGAUUUUGACAGAGAAGUGAGGAUCUUAGGGAAAGCCAGACACCCAAAUUUGAUCACACUCAAAGGCUACUUCUGGACUCCUCAGCUACAGCUUCUGAUAUCAGAAUAUGCACCAAAUGGAAGCUUACACUCUAGGCUCCAUGAAAGGUCCCCAUCCAGUCCUCCUCUUUCCUGGGCCAACCGAUUCAAGAUUGCACUUGGGACGGCAAAAGGGCUUGUCCACCUUCACCAGAACUUCCGUCCACCAAUCAUUCACUACAGCAUCAAACCCAGCAACAUCUUACUUGAUGAGAAUUACAAUCCAAAGAUUUCAGACUUUGGAUUAGCACGGCUUCUGACCAAGCUCGACAAGCACGUAAUCAGUAGCAGGUUUCAGAGUGCACUAGGCUAUGUUGCACCAGAAUUGGCGUGUCAGAGCCUGAGGAUAAACGAGAAAUGUGAUAUCUACGGGUUUGGAGUGAUGAUACUAGAGCUCGUGACAGGAAGAAAGCCAGUGGAGUAUGGGGAGGAUGAUGUAGUGAUACUGAGUGAUCAUGUAAGAGUGAUGCUUGAACAAGGGAAGGUGCUGAGUUGCGUGGAUCCAACCAUGGGUGAGUACCCAGAAGAGGAGGUCUUGCCAGUUCUAAAACUGGGUCUGGUAUGUACAUCUCAGAUACCUUCAAGCAGACCAUCAAUGGCAGAAGUAGUGCAGAUACUACAGGUUAUCAAGACCCCAGUUCCACAGAGAAUGGAAGCGUUUUAAGAGCAAAGAUAAGCGAUGUAACUUUGCUAGCUUGACCCAAGAGCUUGGCUUGUUCACAUUGAUUAAAGCACUAGUUAAAUGUCUUCUUUUUUUUUUCUUUUUUCUUCAUUGACCACAAAAUUUCCAUCAAUUCUUCUGUGUCAAGUCUAUUCCAUUCUAUGCAGUUUGUUAUUGUUCAUGUUCUGUAUGAAUUUUUUUCCCUUUUCGGAGGCUUUGGAAUCCAAUGCCAAAAGAGCAUUGAUCUUCUGUUA